GUGCAUUUCCAAGGCCUCUUUCUGGAAAUUAUUAAGCCAGUUAUUAUUAAUGGCAUAUAAAAAAAUAUAUUACUUGUUUGACGAUUUCCCUUUCCAUUCAUGUCAAUACCAUCAAAUUACAAAUAUUUAUAAAAAAAAAAAAAUCUGACAGAGUCUAAAAUUGAAAUAUCAAUAUAUAUAUCAUUAUUUGCAUCAAUAUUGCGAAAUUCCCUACCUGUGGGCAAUAACAUGGAAAUUUAACAGUAAGAUUGGAAAUGAAAAGAGAAAAAAAUAUUGAAAAAGUAUGGUCAGAAAGAAUAUCAGACUAGCUAUGAAUAUGGCUGGCUCACAACAUCCACAAUGCUUUGAUUAAGAUAAAGAGGAGAAUUAUGUAUCCUGCUAUUGAUUUUCAGAUGAGCAGUCGAACAAUGCCUCUAAGAGCAGACCAAACCUUGUGGAUCCAAAUAUGUUUGUGCCUUAUCUCUCAUUACUGUCAUCUGAUGAUACAACAAUCAAGAAAAGUAUCAUAGAGAGUUUAAAGAGAAUGUUUGGCCAUAUAGGAGUGAGAGCCAAAAGUUCUACAAUAGUCAGUAUGUUAGAUACAGCUCUAGAAGUUCUAGUUGAUCCUGAUUAUAAUAUCAGAGUUAGCUUUAGCAAAGUUGUGCCUUACCUAGUAGGUGAAAAUUGUAAUGAGACAAAUCAACGAAUUGUGACCAAACUGAAGGAAGCUUACUAUGCAGCAUGUAUGGAACAGAAUAUCAGACUUCAGGAAACCAUUGUUCUAACACUGGCUCAGUUUGGAAGGAUAGCAGAAAAUGAGCAGUUAUUGGUAGUGAUACUGAAUCUACUGGAGAGUAUGAUAUCACCUAUACCACUGAUUGCUGCUGUGGCUUAUGAACAGUUGAAGUAUAUUGCCCAGUACAAGAAAAUGAAGACACAAGACCUUUUCAUGAGAUCCAGGCUACCUAUCUGUAAAUUCUUGGCAGAAGCUAUGCACCAGAAAAUGUUAUCCUGUAAUGAUGUUGACGCUUCUACAGAUAUCCUGAGAGAUGUUACUAAGGUUUUAGAUUUCCCUGAUGAUAAGAGAUUUUUACAGUCAGCCAACAAAUUUAUAGUACCACACUUAGUGAGUAUAGCAACACCAGAGGCAUCUAAUUUAUUGAAGAAGAUAUCAAUGAUAGUUGAUCUUCCAAACAGGAAGAAGAUAAUGAUGGAGAAUAUAAAGUAUAUAUUUCCUUAUAUAGCUAUCUACUUCCAAGAGGCAGAACAAGGAAAAGCUAUGAAGUUUUUACAGAAAGAGACGGCAUUUGACAUGGAACAGUUACUAAGAUGUCAGUUUCAGACAACACACAAUGAGUUACUCCUACAUCUUGGUACACAUUAUCAAAAGGUGUUUAGUGGACUGACUGUGCUAUCUAAAUGUGUAAAGACUCAGGGAUAUGAAGAACCACAGACAAUGACAUCUGCAGAAAUGGCAGACUAUUUACAACCUAAACUACUUGGAGUGAUUGGAUUCUUUGAUUUACAGCUUUUGAAUAACAACAUUCCUCUUGAAGAUAAGAAAUUGACAUUAGAAAGUUUGACAGCCAUUAUUAGGUUGAUGGGUAGAAAACACAUUGGAAUGAUUAGAUACAAGAUUGUCAAUACACUGAGGAUAGGAUUACAAAUCACAGAUAGAGAUAUCCAGGAAAUAUCCUGUAAAGCUUGGGAUUGUUUUGUUAAAAGUUUAGAAACUCCCUUUCUUGGACAGAUGAUGUCACAGAUUAUUGCCACACUUCUCCCUUUGUUGAAUUCAUUACCAAAACAGGUCUCAGAACUUUUCAAUUUCAUGAUAGUAGAAAACAGGGAGACAUUAUCAGUUCACUUCCAUGAGGUCUACUUCCUGCCUGAUAUACCAGAGUUGGCUGUUGCUAAUGAUAUACUGAAACAGUACACAGAGGGAUCUUCUAGUCAAUCAGAUUUGAGGACCAGACUGGAUCAUUCAAUGAAGGGAAUAACACAUGAAAGCUUGGAUGUUAGACUUCAUGCUCUGUCCAAAUUGAAGAACCUGCUUCGUGAUGAAAAAGAAGCACUAUACCAGUUUGUGAUAGGUAAUGAGACUGCUGAUCCUAUUGUAUCAAAGAUUGUUUCUGUGCUGUUGAGUGGUUCUAGAGAUUCUGAUAGCAGAGCACAAAUACUAUAUGCUGAGUGUAUUGGAGAACUUGGUGCCAUAGAUCCUGGAAGGUUAGAGCUGACUACAAAUGAUCCCAAAGCAGACAAUGCUAAAUUCCACCAUAACAUUUGUGAAGAUAAUUUUGCUUUUGACCUGAUAAAUCAAGUUGUCAAAGGAUUCCUUGCAGCAACCGAAACAAGAAUUCAGGAUGGCACUGCACUAGCAUUACAGGAAUUGUUAAAGAUCUUCAAGAUAACAGAGACGUCUAAACUAUGGAAAAGAUUUGCUGAUCAUGUCAAGGAAAUACUUCUUCCAUUAUUUACUACAAAGUAUACAUUAACAAGUCAACAAGACUGGUCUAAAAUAACCAAACCAAUAUUCCUUAGUGAGAAAUCAAAGACGUUUGCAGAAUGGGUCAGUACAUGGACAGGAUACUUGUUAUCAAAGGUAAAACAAGAUCAUGCCAGAAGUGUGUUUGUAUCAUGUACAGCAGCUAUAAAGAAUGAUGUACACAUUGCUCUGUAUAUACUACCCUACGCAGUAACACAAGUCUUACAAGAUGGAUCUCCACAUGAUAUUAAAGAGGUUUUUACAGAGAUACUAGAAGUUAUAAGUCACACUCAGAAACCCGACACUAAACAUAGAGAUGGGAAUUUCCACCAUAUGAGUGCUCAGACCAUCUUUUCUAUAAUGGAUCACUUAACCAAAUGGAAGAGGCAGAAAGCUCAGACCAGUGGUAUCAUUCCUGGUAAAGGACCUGCAUAUUUAUCAGACUCAGGAUACAGAGCUAUAGAUAGUUUUCUGAAUAAGAUUCCACAGGACCUCCUGGCUCAAGCUUGUUUUAGUUGUGGAGCUUAUACCAGAGCAUUGAUGCACUUUGAACAGUUCCUGUCAAGUAAAAACCAAAAUGUUCAAGAUCAUCUCGACUUUCUUCAGAGAUUGUAUGUAGCAAUGGAUGAAUCUGAUGGUGUUAUUGGAGUAGCAGCCAUCAGACAGACACAGCCAACAUUGAUUGAACAAAUUCUGAUCCAUGAAAGUUUGGGGCAACAUCAGGAUGCCCAGGCUUGUUAUGAAAAGGCAAUUGAUAGUGAAGUGGAUAGUGUUGAACACCAUAAAGGUCUACUACAAAGUUUGAUGGAGUUAGGACAACAAAACAAGGCCUUGCUGCAUGCUACAGGAGCCAUUGCUGAGAGACCAGAAUGGGCUCCACAUAUCAGAUCUUACAUGGUGGAGGCAGCUUGGAAGCUUGGUAACUGGGAUAAACUGGAAAAAUGUAUCAAAUCUGAGAAAACAGGUAGAAACUGGGCUGUUGGUGUUGGAGAGUUACUUCUUUCAGCAAAAGCUAAGAAUGAAGAAAAGUUUAUGAAACACCUUCAGAUUGUACGACGUGAACAAAUAGGUCCAUUGUCUGCUGCCAGUAUGGAGAGUGGAUCAUACCAGAGAGGUUACCAACAUAUUGUCAGGCUACACUUACUGACAGAAAUAGAGGAGUGUUUCCGAGUGUUAGCAGAUCUAAAGACAGAGAUGGGAGGUUCUGGUGAUGGGCCCAGGAUUUCUCCUCAGGAGUUAUUAAAGAAUUGGGAUAGGAGACUACAAGUCAUGCAGUGGUCCUUCAGAGCACAGGAACCAUUACUGACUUUAAGAAGAACAUUGUUUAAUCUUGCACAGCAGAUGACUGGACAUGAUGUUGAUCAUGAAAUUGGUCACUGGUGGUUGUGGAGUGCCAAGAUUGCAAGAAAAGAAGGGUAUAACCAGACAGCAUACAGUUCACUGUUACAGGCAGGAGAUUAUAAUCUACCUGAAGUAUUUGUAGAGAAAGCUAAGUGGUUCUGGAGCAAGGGAGAUAAGGACCAAGCCCUCACCUGUCUAGAGAGAGGGAUGUCUGUACACUUCCCUGAUAUACAGGCUCUCAAAUCUGACACUACAGACCAAGCUAAAGCCAGGCUUAAAAUAUAUGCUCAGGCUUUAUUGUUAUUUGGAAGAUACAGUGAUGAAGCAUCUAGUUUGGAAAGUAACUCAAUUCUCAGGAAAUAUCGUGAGGUGAUAGAUAUUUACAAUGAUUGGGAGGAAGGACAUUUUUAUCUGGCACAGUAUUACGACAAAAUUAUGACCACACUGUUUGAGGAGAAUGUUGCAAAAGGUGACUUUAUCUACCAUGUGAUCAGGAAUUUUGGACAAUCUCUACUUCAUGGUAACCAGUAUAUAUACCAAUCAAUGCCUAGACUCCUCAGUCUGUGGUUAGAGUAUGGAACACAGGUGGCUGAGUAUGAGAAGCAGGAUAAACAAAAACCUCAAAUUUCUCAAAGAUUACAGAACAUGAGAAACAUUCUUGGAAAGUUGAAUAGGUUGAUAAGUAACUUUGGGAAGGAGUUAGCACCAUACCAGUUGUUUACUGCAUAUCCUCAAUUGAUAUCAAGGAUUUGCCAUGCUCAGAGUGAUGUUUUCCAGCAUCUUAAAGAUAUUGUUGCAAGAAUCUUUGUACAUUUCCCUAAACAGUCCCUGUGGAUGAUGAUGGCUGUUUCCAAGUCUUCCUAUUCUAUGAGAGUGAAGAGAUGUCAAGAUAUAUUUGCUGAAGCUAAGUCCAGGAAUUCUGAUUUAAAGAAGUUUAUAGAGGAUGGCACUAAAUUAACAGAGAGGUUAUUAGAAUUAUGUAACAAGGAUUUUAAAAAUGCUUUAACAAUUAGUGUAACACAACACUUCCGUCCAUUGAAAAGACUAUUGGAGGACAGCAACUUCAGUAAGAUAUUGGUACCACUGCAGUCCUCCAUGACAGUGACAUUACCAAACACACCAGGAUUACACCAGGACCAUAACCCUUUCCCUUGUAAUGAAGUCUUUAUUAAAGGAUUUGAAGACACAAUAGAAGUGCUGCCAUCCUUACAGAGACCAAAGAAGAUAACUUUAACAGGGAGUGAUGGUAAACUCUAUAUCAUGAUGUGUAAACCAAAGGAUGAUUUAAGAAAGGAUUGCAGACUGAUGGAAUUUAAUGGAAUUAUCAAUAAGUUUUUACACAAGGAUCCGGAUUCAAGAAGACGUCAACUUCAUAUCAGAACUUAUUCUGUGAUUCCACUGAAUGAAGAAUGUGGACUAAUAGAGUGGGUUAAUAACACAAGUGGGUUGAGAUAUAUAUUACUGAAGUAUUACAGAGAAAGGGGGUGUGGUAUGACAGGAAAGGAAUUAAAGGAUGCCUGUCCCUCCAAACAAUCCUCUUUGGAAACAAAACUGCAAGUGUUGAAGGAGAAGUUAUUACCACGUCAUCCACCAGUGUUUAAAGAAUGGUUUCUAAGAACUUUCCAAGACCCAACAUCUUGGUAUAAUGCUCGUGUAUCUUAUGCCCGUACUGCUGCUGUUAUGAGUAUGGUUGGAUAUAUACUAGGACUUGGAGACAGACACGGAGAAAAUAUACUGUUUGAUUCUACAAAUGGAGAUUGUGUACAUGUGGAUUUCAAUUGUCUGUUUAAUAAGGGUACAACCUUUGAAUGGCCAGAAAGAGUGCCAUUCAGAUUGACACAUAACAUGAUUGAAGCUAUGGGACCUAUGGGUUAUGAAGGUAUAUUCAGGAAAGCCAGUGAGGUAACAUUAAGGGUAAUGAGGACACAGAUGGAUCCAUUGAUGAGUGUGUUAAAGCCUUUUAUCUAUGAUCCUUUAGUGGAGUGGAGUAAACCAGUGAAACCUCAGGGUCAGAGGUCAGCAUUGGUCCCUGGUCAAAGGACAAGUGUUAUUGAUACUGGAGAAAUCAAUAAUGAACAGGCCAUGAAACAUGUACAAGACAUUGAAGACAGGUUGAAAGGAAUACUGAAAAAUGAACCUAAGCAAGGAGGACAAGCUAAACCAAAAAGUGUUGCUCUAUCUAUAGAGGGCCAUGUCAAUCAUCUAAUAAAUGAAGCAACAGAUGAGAAGAAUCAAUGUCAGAUGUAUAUUGGAUGGGCAGCAUAUCUGUAAUCAACAGGAAGUCUCCUAAAUGGCAGCAUGCAUAUUCAUAAAACCAACAGCUUGGUUGUUAAACAAAAUUGGCAGCAAUUAGUGGAAAUAUGUUUUAAUCAUGAAACCUGCCUUGGAAACAUCAUGCAGCACAACUUUUUUUCUUCUUUAGAUUCCAAGCAUAAAAACUUUGAGCAUUAGAGUGUAAUUGGACAUCCAUCAUUAUAUCUGCUUACUUAUGUUUAUUUAUCAAGAACGUAAUUCAAUUAAAUUUGAAGGUUGAUAUUUCUAAUAUGGUGCUACUGAAAAUGAUCAUCUAAUGAUUAUUUUUGUGGAAUAGGACAGUUCUCCAUUUCCUACAGAAUUAAAAUGAAGUAAAAAGGAUAAGCCAUCAUAAGGGCCAAGAUCUGUCCUAAAAUAUUGUGAUUUUUUUUUUAAAUCUAAAAACAACUAGAUAAAGGCAUGCAUUUUUGUUAAAAAGAAGAAGGUGAUCUGUGGGCCCUACUUGGCCUAAAAUGUGAAGUAUUACAAAACCAGGUGAUUUAUGCAUAUAUAUUUGUUAAAAGUUUCUUUAAAAUAUUAUGAAUAAUAAUUCAUUUCUUGUCAGAUAAUUUUACUCUUAUUAUCAAAGAAGGUUGGAGGGAAGGAAUCUGUUUUUCUCGUUAUAACCCAGCUAUAAAGGAGGUAUAACCAUGUAUUCCUGAAGCUAAGUAUCAAGCUUUGUGUGAGCAUGCAUUUUCACAUAUUUUCAAUAUAGUAGACGAUUGAUAUUAGGAUCAUCAUCUUUGUCCAUAAAAAGAAAUAGGAGAAACACAACCAUGGUGAAAUGUUAUUAAGUGCUUAAAGUACUGUAUAAUCAACACCUCUGCCUGGCAAUUUCAUCAAUAACCUUUUCAUAAAUCAUGGUUAAAUCCCUGUAAUAAAUAGACCACUAUCCUGCAUCUAUCCAAUAACAACUUGUAAACAGUCCAGUAGCGUUACAGGUUUAAUACAGUUUAUACCAAUACCUUGUUAUGUUCUGUUUCAAUCAUAAACAAUGUUAAAGUAAUUAACAUUAGUAUUUUUUGUUGUUACAAUCUCUCUUGUUUAAUUAUUCAGAGGUAGACUGUUACUAUUUUUUCUGUUAAUAAAUAAAAGUACCACAUGA